AUGGCGCCAUUAGAAAGCGACAGCGAGUCGCGUCCCAAGCCCAAAACACAAAUGGUGCUAGGAGAGGCGCAGGCAGAAAACAGCGACUCCGACAGUUAUGCCAGUGAAGUCGAUUCCUUAGAGGAGGAUUUGGACCAGAUCGGCCGCCUCAACCUCCCGAAAUUGUCAGAGUAUAUAAAGCGGGACAGCUUUCCGCAUCUCCCCACGCUCCCCACGUUUGCCAGCUUCCCUAAUUUUCCCAACCUUCCGCCUUUGCCUACUUUGCCCACUCUACCAUCUCCGCCCAAUUUGCCAUCUUUUGAUCUUCCCGAUGUGUCCAAGUACAUCUCACAGUAUGUUGAAAAUGUGACCAGGCGGGCCAGUUUGGAAAAGGAUAAGUUCUCGCUGGAGACAGAGGCCCGCUUGGCAAAUUCUCUCAAGAUCGCCUUGGCCACGCGUAUCCAGAUGGCAACGUUUUUGAGUGAUCUCAAGGACGGCAUUUCAUUCCAAACAGCGAUAGAUCGACUCCAGCUUCUCACAGAUGUGGUUCACGAGGCAAUCACGCUUCCUGUUGACGAUGAUUCAGAGGCCGAGCUGGAGGUCGAGUCUGAAGCGGAAAUCGAGACUGAACCCGUGGGUGUUGACGAAAUUGUACACCGAGAACAGCCGCUUAUAACAGAGCUUGUUUUCCCAGAGAACAGGUCCGAUAAGGAUCCGGUGCGGCAGGAAGGGAAACGGAAGCGAAAAAGUAGAGUACGGCGAGAAGAUAUAUUGUCGGAUGGUUAUGACAGCAGCGUCUACAUGGGCAGCGACUUGGAGAACGUGGAAGAGCUCUCGCGGGAAGAAGCACGGGCAUUGACGCAUUUGGACUCGCUCGAUGAUUUUUACAAAGAGGACCUUCUCCGACAGAAGAUCCAGAAAAUCCAGAGAUUGGAGGGUCUCAGUCAGCGGCUGAAGAACAAGUUGGUGACUCGCCUCAUGAUGGGAAACUACUACAAGUACAUGGAUGAGCACCCAGGGGUGAUGGGAGAAGAGUUGGUGAUUCCAAAGGAGAGCGAAAAAAAGGAGGACGAAAAAGAUGUUCAGGUGGAAGAAAAAGACAGACUGGAGACUGGUGGAAAGGACAGACUGGAGACUGGUGGAAAGGACAGACAGGAGAUCGAGAAAACUGAGGAACAGGACGACCAAAAGGAUAACUUUAAAAAUACCGACACCGACGCACAAGAAGUCAAGGCAGACUCGAAAAAGACUUCACUCCUAUCCAAAGACCACACUGUGCCAUCCAGGCAGCGGUCCAACUCUGCUGCCUCCUACGCCUCUGCAUCGUCCGCAUCUUCUGCAUCCUCGGAGGUGCUUCUCACAGAAGAGGACCAGCAGCCGUCUUUCCACUCGCCUGGAGUCCUCGGCUGCACGCACUACCAGCUCAACUGCAAGUUGGAGUGUCCUACGUGCUUGCGCUGGUUCCCGUGCCGCUUCUGCCAUGACCAAGAAGUGACUAGCCACAAACUAAUUCGAGCCAAUGUGCGACACGUGCUUUGCAUGCGGUGCAACGUUCCCCAGGAGCCCGAUACGAACUACUGUGUCAACUGCGACGAGGAGUUGGCGUCGUACUUCUGCGCCAAGUGUGUAUUGUACGACAACGAUCCGGCAAAGCACAUUUAUCAUUGCGACAAGUGUGGGCUCUGUCGGCUUGGACUAGGCUUGGACAAGGAUUACUUCCACUGCGACGUGUGCAACAUCUGCUUGCUGAUUGACUUGCGGGAGCACCAUAAAUGUGUCACCAACACCACGCACUGCAACUGUCCGAUCUGCUCUGAAUACUUGUUCACUAGCGUCAGUAAAGUCGUCUUCAUGCAAUGCGGCCAUCUGAUCCACCAGUCGUGCUACGAUGAGAUGGUGAAGCAUCUGUACAAGUGUCCAGUUUGCAAGAAAACGGUGGUGGACGCAGCAGCGCAGUUCCGUAUUCUUGAUCUGGAAAUCCGCCUGCUGCCGUUGCCUCCGCCGUAUAAUUCGUGGCGCUGCAUCAUCAGCUGCAACGACUGUAAGGGCAAGAGCCGCUGUGCCUACCAUAUUAUGGGGCUAAAGUGCAAGUACUGCCACAGCUACAAUACCAACCAGCUCCAGCUCAUCAAGCCUGAAGAAGCAAAAGAAGGCACAGAGACAGAAGAAGAAGACGCAAUCAAUAACGACCGCAUAGCUUCGAUGCGGCUCAUCAAGACGAAUCUUAGCUCGAAUUUUGUGGUGGACGAGAGGAUCCAGAGCGAAGACGACAGCGGUUUUGGUCGCAUGAAACAAGCUCUUCUUGGUCACCGGGAUGCAGACGGAUCCAUAGCGGGGAUGUUCCAGGCCUUUGUGAACUCAGCCAUCGCAGGCGAUCUGGACCUGGAGUAA